AUGUGUCGCCAAAGAGACACAUGGCUUCUACAAGACUCUUGUUCUUACGGGGGCUUGGUCGUUGACAGUGACCACAAGAUAGUCAUCGGCAGAUUCAAUCUGAAGAAAUUAUAUGUGCUGGAUAAAACAAAUCGUCAAUUCCCUCAUAAAUCGGACAGAUACCUGACAGAAAAACUGGCUCCCUCACUAUCGACUCGAAACCUCUAUAAAUCAUCCAUCGAUGAAUCCCUAAAAACAUGGAAACUGGACUUAUGCCUUCAGCCGCUUGGAAGGCAAUGUCAGCCAACAUUCACUCGGCGGCAAAUAAAUAUGUUGGAAAGCAGCCAAAAAUACGCACUUAUCGGGCUGUGUUACCCGGAUGCUCUUGCCUUGUCAGUUGUGCAAAAGGAGCUUAAGCUGAGCACUGAGAACACCAAAGAUAUGGAUACCAAACUCGCACUGAAAGGCCGGCGUGCUGCCAUCCAAAAACAAAUAAAGACCCUAAACCUCCAAUAUGGCCGGGAUAUCCUGGCUUCCCGUCUUGGAGAACUGGAAGCCCUCAAAGAUAAUGCACGCACGUUUAUGGCUUUACGGUUGCUUAAGAGGAAGAAAAACUGCCCCAAACUUCGACUCCAAACCAGUAAUGGGGUUCAAAUAUCUGACCCGGGAGAACAGGUGGGAGUCAUUGCGGACUAUUUUGAACAACGAUUUAACGCUAACACCGAACAAAUCUCGCCUUUCUCUGGCCCAGCACGACGACUGAAGAAUACAAUCUCCUUGAAGGAAGUUACAAAGGCUGUUAGCAGGCUCAAGAAUAUUAAUGCGGAGCUGCUGAAAUACGGGCCCGAAUCUCUUCUAUGCAACAUCACGAACAUUCUCAACGAUAUGUUUGCUACAAAUGACUCACUCCCACUGGGCUCUGGAGUUCUCAUCCCUAUUCAAAAGCCGAACAAACCUCUUGGUCCAGUAGAAAAUCUCCGCCCAGUCAUUUUGCUAAACUCCCUGAGGAAGGUUCUCUCGCUGAUUGUUCUGGAUUGGAGACAAAGUCAAUGA